AUGCAGCCGCCUUUGGCCCGUCACUCCCGCCCAGUUCCCCAAUUUUACCUUCGAUUCCUUGUUCCUAAACUCCACGGCGGGCCAUGGAAAAAGGAGGCAAAGCCCGCUUGGCCUGAUCAAGACCACCAUUUUGGAUCACGGACCUCUUGCCAGAGAACACCCAUCCUAGUCUCAUUGCCACCUGACAACCUGGUCCUUGCCCGAACCUGUCUUUGCCAGCUCGGGUUGAGUCGGAUUGGGUGCAUCUUAAUACGAUGGUGGGCGUCUAAGAAUGGGGACUAA